GAAAACAAGAAAUCUUGUACAAUUCUUUCAGUCCCAUGAAACAUCCGAAACUAAAACCGACAGCUCUGCACGAAGUGUAUUGGCGGGAUAUCCAACUAACUCAGUCUGUGAUACUUUCUCCUUUCUAAUAUCUCUUCUACAUUUGUCAUUCUCCGACAUAUUCUCAGUUGAAAAUGUCUGCUCAAGCUGAGAGUGUUGGUGAAAUAUCAGAAGAUGCCAUUGAAGAAGCAUUUGGUCCUCUUCCAUUGUCAAAAUUGGAGGGCCAAGGUAUCAGUGCCAAUGACUGUAAGAAACUGGAAGAAGCUGGCUUUUAUACAGUUGAGUCAGUAGCAUUUGCUCCUAAGAAAAGUUUUCUGAACAUCAAAGGAAUUAGUGAAGCAAAAGCAGACAAAAUAUUGACUGAAGCUACUAAACUUGUCCCGAUGGGUUUCACAACAGCCACAGAGUUUCACCAGAAGCGCUCAGAAAUUAUCCAAGUAACCACUGGUUCCAAAGAACUGGAUAAAUUAUUGCAAGGUGGUAUUGAAACUGGAUCCAUCACAGAAAUUUUUGGUGAGUUCCGUACAGGGAAAACCCAGCUGUGUCACACAUUAGCUGUCACAUGUCAACUACCUGUGGACAUGGGUGGUGGUGAAGGAAAAGCUCUCUAUGUUGAUACAGAAGGAACAUUCCGUCCUGAACGACUCCUGGCUGUAGCAGACAGAUACGGACUAUCUGGUAGUGAUGUUUUAGACAAUGUUGCUUAUGCUCGGGCAUAUAAUAGUGACCACCAGACACAGUUGUUAGUUCAAGCUGCAGCCAUGAUGACAGAAUCAAGGUAUGCUUUGUUGAUAGUUGACAGUGCUACAGCACUUUACCGUACUGAUUACAGUGGCCGAGGAGAAUUAUCCGCAAGACAGAUGCAUCUUGCUAGAUUUCUCCGCACUUUACUACGUCUUGCUGAUGAGUUUGGUGUUGCUGUUGUUAUUACCAACCAAGUAGUUGCCCAAGUUGAUGGGGCUUCUAUGUUUACAUCAGAUCCCAAAAAGCCUAUUGGUGGCAAUAUUAUUGCCCAUGCUUCUACCACAAGGUUGUAUCUCCGUAAGGGCCGUGGUGAAACCCGAAUAUGCAAGAUCUAUGACUCCCCUUGUUUGCCGGAAGCUGAGGCUAUGUUUGCUAUCAAUGCUGAUGGAAUUGGUGAUGCCAAAGAUUGAGAUUGUCUUUUACAAUCUUCAUCUUCUGUAAAUUUUGUAUAUAUAUUUGUAAAACUAGGAUCUGUUUAGGGUAGACAGGAUUCUGGUUGAAAUAAACAAUAAUUAAACUACAGAGA